ACAAUUCAGUUUUAAAAUGGGAAAAAGCAGGAAGUGUAACGGACUAAACGCCCAAUGGAGAAAGAGAAAGGUGAAGAAGAUGAACAGAGUACUUGCCUGUGGAUGCUGCCGGAGGGUUGUAUUGCCCAGAUUUUGGCCUUAACGAGCCCGAUGGACGUUUGCCGCCUUUCAUUAGUCUCUCCAAAUCUCCGAUCCGUGGCUGAUUCUGAUUCCGUUUGGGCAAAAUUCCUGCCGUGCGAUUAUCGGUCCAUCAUUGCCCGAUCACCGACUCCGAUUCCCGAUUUCCAAUCACUCAAGGAUCUGUAUGUUUAUCUCUCCCAUCAUCCCCUCUUAAUUGAUCAAGGUCGCAAGAUUUUCUCACUGGAAAAAUGGACUGGAAAGAUAUGUUACUUCUUAGGUGCAAGGGAUCUUAAUAUUGUAUGGGGUGAUACACCAGAAUAUUGGGAAUGGACAUCACUACCAGAGUCCAGGUUCGCCAUUUUUCAGCGGAUAUCUUAUUAA